UCUUAUUUUAUAAAUCAAGAUAAUCGAAAAGGAGCAUUAGGAGUUCACCUUGUAAAAGAGAUCAGUUCGAAAUUAAAUCAUGUGACUGAAAUUUCCGAAACAUUAUGUCCCGGAAAAAAUUUGCCUAAGAAUACUCCACCAAAAACUAAGAAUGACCAGAUAAGUGCACUUAUUCCUUAA